GAAGAAGUUUCAUGUACAGACUGCAGGGGGACCUUCUUGCACCGAACUUUCUUCUCAGUGGAAUCAAACCCUUAAAUUCUUGGCCACAACUAUAAAUUAAGCGGAAGUUGCUAUAAAUAAAUCAGUGAACUCUGUGUUUUUUUAAUUCAUUUUCUUCGCAACUGCAUUCCGCAAGCAAUUGGUAUAAAUCAGAGACCAGUCAAUAUUCUUUCAGCCAUCACCACUUCUUAAUUCUUUUCUCUCUAUAAAAGGAACAGAGUCUACCCACAUCGAUCCAGAGAAAAACAUAUUCAGAUCGAGAUCGGAGGUUGCUUAACUGUGAGAGGGCAGAAUCACUAUGGGGUUCAAUAAUUUCAGUAACCAGGAACAGAGCUUGUUGUCCAAGAUCGCGACAGGCAACGGGCACGGCGAAGGCUCUGCUUACUUUGAUGGGUGGAAGGCUUAUGAAAAUAACCCAUUUCAUGUUUCCGGGAAUCCCCACGGCGUCAUCCAGAUGGGGUUGGCUGAAAAUCAGCUUUGCUUUGAUUUGAUUGAAGAUUGGAUUAUGAAGAACCCAGGAGCCUCCAUCUGCACGGCAGAAGGAGUAAAUGAGUUCAAGGACAUAGCUAUUUUUCAGGAUUAUCAUGGGCUACCAGAGUUCAGAAAUGCUGUGGCAAAUCUCAUGGGGAAAGUGAGAGGGAACAGAGUAAGAUUUGAUGCAGAGCGCGUAGUUAUGAGCGGGGGAGCCACUGGAGCUCAUGAGAUGAUUGCGUUCUGUCUGGCUGAUCCUGGCGAUGCUUUUCUUGUUCCUACUCCUUAUUAUCCUGGAUUUGAUCGGGAUUUGAGAUGGCGAACUGGGGUGCAACUCCUUCCCGUUGUCUGUGAAAGCUCUAACAAUUUCAGAAUCACCAAAGCUGCAUUGGAAGCAGCCUAUGAGGAAGCCAAAGCAGCCAACAUCAAUGUGAAGGGCUUGCUCAUUACCAACCCAUCAAACCCACUAGGCACGAUCUUGGACAGAGACACACUGAGAACCCUAGUGAGCUUCGUCAAUGACAAGAGCAUCCACCUUGUGUGUGAUGAAAUCUAUGCUGCCACUGUCUUCAGCCAGCCUGCUUUCAUUAGCAUCUCUGAGGUUGUGCAAACCAUGGACUGCAACCUCAACCUCAUCCACAUUGUCUAUAGCCUCUCCAAGGACAUGGGGUUCCCCGGCUUUCGCGUUGGCAUUGUCUAUUCCUACAACGAUGCCGUGGUGAGCUGCGCUCGAAAGAUGUCGAGCUUCGGACUAGUCUCCACGCAAACUCAGCGCCUUAUCGCAUCGAUGCUAUCGGACAACGAGUUUGUCAACCAGUUCAUUACCGAGAGUGCUAAGAGGCUAGCAGUGAGGUAUAAGGUUUUCGUCCACGGCCUUGCCCAAGUUGGCAUUGGUUGUCUGAAGAGCAAUGCCGGUCUUUUUCUUUGGAUGGACUUGCGGCCGCUCCUCAAGGAGGCCACCGUGGAGGCCGAGACCCAACUAUGGCAUGUCAUCAUUGAUGAAGUGAAGCUCAACGUUUCGCCAGGUUCAUCAUUUCAUUGCUCCGAGCCGGGCUGGUUUAGAGUCUGCUUCGCCAACAUGGAUGAUGAGACCGUGCAAAUUGCGCUGCGGAGGAUUCGAAGCUUUGUGCUUCAGUCCAAGGAGACAGAGACGAAGAAGACAUCGAAGCGAUGCCGAGAAAAGAAUCUUCAGCUCAGCUUGUCGUUUCGAAGAUUGGAGGAUGCAAGGAUUAUGUCCCCUCACUCUCCUAUUCCUCAAUCUCCCCUGGUUCGGGCCAGGACUUGAGCAGACCAAGAUCAUUAUUAAUAUAUCAAACAUAAUGAUCAUGGAAUUAAGGCUGAUUCAUAUUUUUUAUUUUUAUUUUUUUUGCUGAAUUCAGUUUAUGACUAGGCAAAAGCGUGACAAUAUUUAGACACUUUAAAAGUGUACUUUUUUAUGAUUAGCAGCAUUUGGAAGUGUAAUCAACACUCUAUCAUGUAGUGGUCUGGUCUGUAGUGGUCCAUUAAUUAAUUUGGUGGACAUGUUUUGCAUCCUGUAGGAUGUUAUGGGUCCAGACACAACCUGUGUUUUAUUCUUUGGGCUAAAGAAUAUAUAUAUAUAUUUUCUUUGAA